AUGUCUUUCCUCGGGAAAACCUACACAGCCGGGAGCGAAGAGAACAUCGAGGCUUUCGUCAAAGUUUUGGGUUUACCCGCAGAAAUGACAACGAAACUUGCCCAGUACAAGCCUGAUCAAAGGUUCGAUAAGGAAGGUGAUACGUACAAACAUACUGUCAUCACGCCCUCUAAGAACAAAGUGAUCAGUUUCAAGUCAGGUGUACCUUAUGAAGAUAAACUCAGAAAUCUUAUUCCAGUUAAAAUUACCUAUACCGUAGACGGAGACACCGUUACACAGGUUAUUCAGGAUGAUGAAGGCCGAAGUGGCACAUUCAAAUUGGACUUUGCUGGUGAUAAGAUGACAGCGACGGUCACAGCCAGUUUCUGGGACGGUACAGCAGUCAGACAUUACACCGCUGUUUAA